AUGUUUUGGUUCCCUGAGCACAAAGGGACGAUGUUAUUCCUGUACACCCUGGGUGUUAUCGCAGCCCUCGGCUCAGUCGCAGCUCAGGGCUCUUUCCCCAAACUGGAGAAUAUCGCAGCCUACAAAUCUGUUAGUGUGGCACCGAGUGAGGCAACAUGUGGCAUGCCAGAACGCAGCACCUUCUGCCAGGCCGCCCGCACUCAGGAUGACCUCCUGACCUGCUCCCAGCAGUUCUGCAUCCAGGAGUGUCCGUAUCGCUCGUCCACACCACGCUAUACCAACCUACUCGACUGGCAUGCGGACGCAUGUCUGAAAGGUGAGAGCCAGGAUUUGCGCCCGGGCUCCGAGACUGGAUCUGUGAGCUUCGUGUUUCGAAACCAGAGUGCCUGCUUGGCUUCUCAGGCUGCUCCAAACCUGGGACAAGCAGGAUCAUUUACCAUAACAGUUUGGCUGAAACCUGAAGAAGCCUCUGUAAUGACUGUUUUUGAGAAGAGGAGCAUGGACCGGCUGGUGUUUCUCCUUACGGUGACAGAAAUGGACGUCCAGUUCCAGUACAGCGUUUCAAGUGGCCAGAACCUCUCCAUAACCAUAAGCUCUGCAGGUCACAUCCGAACAGGAGAGUGGACACACGUGGCCUUACAGGUACACAGAACGAGUGUGAGCUUGUUCCUGAAUGGACAAGAGGAAGAUGGAACGGCCUUCGACACGAAGACCCUGCUAAGUCCUGUCGCUGAUGUCACCUCAGAUACUUUGACUUGGAUUGGCCAGAACUUUAAAGGGUCCGAUCAAUUCAUCGGGAGAAUGCAGGAUUUCAGAUUUUAUCCCCAGACUUUGACUAACAGGGAGAUCGAGGAGGUGUACUCUGGAGCGAUGCCUCUCCUCCACACGCAGACGUCAUGCCGGUGCCCUCCCACCCACCCGAGAGUGCACCCUAUAGUGGAACGGUACUGCAUCCCUAACGGUGCUGAUGACACCACCAACAACCGCCUGCUCCGCCUCCACCCACACGCUCACCCUCUCAACUACAUCAAUGAUAAUGACAUCGGCACCGCCUGGGUCUCCUCUGUUUUCUCCAGUCCGGAGGACCAAGGGGUUUCCAUCACCAUAGACCUGGAGAGCGGACAGUACCAGGUUUUCUAUGUAAUUCUUCAGUUCCGGAGUCUGCAGCCUGAAGCUGUACGUAUUCAGAGAAAGACCAGCAGCACCUCCGCAUGGACAGACUGGCAGUACCAAGCCAAGAACUGCAGUUGGUUUGGGAUGGAGGAUAACGGACCUUUGGUGAGCCCGGACUCUGUCAACUGCAUUCAGUUCCCCAGUGAUAUUUCAUACACUAACGGCAACAUCACGUUCAGCAUGCUAACGCCAGAGCCUAACCUGCGACCAGGCUACAACAACUUCUACAACAGCGCCACCUUGCAGGAGUUUGUCAGAGCCACCCAGGUGCGCAUCCACCUGCAGGGUCAAUACCACACCCGCACCCCUCACGUGCCCUUUCGUCAUCGCUACUACGCUGUGGACGAGAUCACCAUCAGUGGCAGGUGCGAGUGCCAUGGCCACGCUGCCAGCUGUGACACGGGCAUCAUGCCGUACCGCUGCGCCUGCAUCCCUGAGAGUCACACACACGGAGCUAACUGUGAGCGUUGUGCACCACUUUUUAACGACAAGCCGUUCCGAGCAGGGAAUCAGGUCGAGGCGUACAACUGCCGACCCUGCCAGUGCCACGGACAUGCAGCAUCCUGCCACUACAAUGCCAGUGUGGACCCUCACCCUCAGGAGCACUUCCGCGGUGGAGGAGGAGUGUGUGAUAACUGCACUCAUAACACCACAGGGAGGAGCUGUGAGCAGUGCCGGAGGUUGUUCUACAGAGGAGUCGGGGAUUCGCUGUGGGCCGAGGACGCGUGUAAACCCUGUGAAUGCAAUGACAGCGGGACGGUCAAUGGCAGUCUGGAGUGUGAUCAGAUUGGAGGCCAGUGUAAGUGCAAGCGACGCGUGUCUGGACGACAGUGCAAUCAGUGCCAGCAAGGCUUCUACAAGCUGCAGGCGUCGCUGGUCCACGGCUGCCUCGACUGUAACUGCAGCGCCGCCGGGACCCUGUGGCCACAUAUCACCUGUCACCAGGACUCAGGGCAAUGCCAGUGUAAGACCAACGUAAUUGGCCUCACCUGUGACCGCUGUAACUACGGCUUCAAGUUUCUCAACCGGACCAAUCCCGAUGGCUGUGAGCCGUGUGGUUGUGAUCCGGACGGAUCUCUCCACCAGUUCUGUAACCCUUUCUCUGGCCAGUGUGAAUGUAAGAAGGGUAUCCAGGGCCUCCUCUGUGACACCUGCCCUCCCGGCACCUACGGACCGAGGAUGGAUGGAGUCUGCAUGUCCUGCAACUGCAGCGCUUCUGGCAUCAUCUCGGGCUCGGUGUGUCACCCUGUGACAGGGCAGUGUGUGUGCCGGCCACACGUGGAGGGCCGUCGGUGUGACUCCUGCCGUGACGGUUGGUACAAACUCGGACUUGAAGACUCUCUCUCCUGCCAGCCGUGUCACUGUGACCCCAGGGGCAUCGUACAAGGCUCUGCUUUGUGUGAUAAGGAAAGUGGACAGUGUCUGUGCAAGAGCGGUGUAGAAGGUCUCCGCUGUAACCGCUGCUCUGCACAUAUGUAUAAUCUGAGCUCGGCUAAUGACACGCACGCAUGCCUGCCAUGCAACUGUGACCUUGUUGGCACCUUGGCUGGAACGGUGUGCGAUCCUGACAGUGGGCAAUGCGUGUGUGCACCUACGCACCAAGCACUGGACUGUAGCACCUGUAAACCAGGUUACUUCCAUUCCGAUGAGCAUCGUGGUCUGUGCGAGGCCUGCGACUGUCACCCAGUGGGAGCAGCUGGACAAGUGUGUGCUGCAGACACGGGGCAAUGCGUGUGCGCUAAUUCGUCCCUAGCUGGACGCAAGUGUGACCAAUGCCAGGAUCUUUACUUUGGUUUUAACCCCAUCAUGGGCAGGUGUGAGCGGUGUGGCUGCGAUCCAGCGGGGAGUUUCAACAGCUCCUGCCACAUCGAGACAGGCCAGUGCCCGUGCAAGCUGUUCGUGACAGGCGAGAAAUGUGAACGGUGUGUAGAAGGAGCGAGUCACAUGGACCCGGCCAACCACUUGGGCUGCAGUAAAGAGCCCAGACAGCAGCCUCCUCCGCUGGUCACCGCACUUAAUGCCAGCUCUAUUGAGCUGAGCUGGAACGCUCCAGAUUCCCCCAACAGCAACCUCCUCACCUACACACUUCUCCGGAACCGGGAGCCGAUCCAUACCAGCUACAGCCAGCUCCCGUUUGGAUCUAAGCACUUCACGGACACUGCUCUGUCUCCAUACACCCUCUACACCUACCAGCUCUUCACCAGCAACAUCCACGGCAACACCAGCAGCUCCAGCGUCACUCUGCGCACUCUGUCCUCCGUCCCGGAUCUCAGUGACCUGCAGCUGAGCGUUGUGGGUCAGGCUAGUCCGACCACCAUUUCGUUCAACUGGACCGAGCCUGUAGACACCUCGGGGCCUGUCGAGCACUACGCCCUGAGUUCACUGGAGGAACAGAACGGAGAGGAGCACCUUCAUUACCAGGGCCUGGGGUCAGAGGUCACAGUGGAUGGCUUGCACCCAUUCAGUCGCUACAGCUUCAGCCUGAAAGCCUGCACCAAUGGUGGUUGUGCUCGCAGUGCCAACGUCAGCGUGGUUACGGCACAGGUCUCGCCACAGAGGCAGCCAGCACCGCGUGUCAGCACACUUUCCCCGACACAACUGCAUGUAGACUGGGAGCCGCCCGCCAUGCCAAACGGUAUAAUUAUCAGGUAUGAGCUCUUCAUGCAAGUGCUCGAUGACUCACAAGGAAACCUGACCAGUCCCGGGACAGAGCGAAGGGUUUUCCUCAGCGCUGGUUGGCUGGAUCCGCGGCAGCCGUCAGUCUUGGCCAGUGAGAGCGCUGCUCUGACUCCGCCCGAAAGCAGCGUCGUGGUGACCGAUCUGGAGCCGUUCACUGCAUACCGCUUCAGAGUGCUCGCUGUUAACAUGGCCGGCAGCACCAUGUCCGAGUGGUCCAUUGGCCGUACCGCAGAAGGAGUGCCGGAGUACAUGAGUCCUCCCCAGGUGUCUCCGGUGUCCUCAUCGUCACUUCGAGUGAACUGGGAGACACCACGAGUACAGGAUGUCAGGGGGACAGUGACCGCAUACCGAGUUAGUCUUUACCAAGAGCAGACCUCCAGCCCGUACGCCCCUCCUGUAGUGACACAGCUGUUGUACAACGCCUCAGCAGAUGAGCGGAGCUACACUGUGACAGGCCUGAAGAGCUACAAGGAGUACAGCUUCACCGUGACCGUCUGUAACACACAGGGGUGUGUGAGCAGUCUUCCUGCUCCAGGACGCACUCAACCUUCAGCACCAGCAGGGUUGAAGGAGCCCCGUCUGAAGCCUGUAAACACGACGGCGAUGGAGAUCUUGUGGGCGGCUCCGGCCGCGCUGAACGGACCCCCACCGGUCUACCACGUCGAAAGAACCGAUGUAUCAUUCUCAGACGCCGAAGGCCGGGUUAUCAGAGGAAGACGCUUCACCGGGACCGACUACUUCCACUUUCCCAGCUCUACACUACCUGUUAACACUGACUUCACAGGCAUUCAGCUGAGUUUCCGCACUCGGAUGGAAGAGGGACUGAUCCUGUGUGCUCUGUCUCCUGGAGAACAAGAAGAAUUUGUGGCACUGCAAAUGCGCAAUGGCCGUCCCUACUUCCUGUUUGAUCCUCAGGCCUCGGUGGUGGCCAUCAGCCCACAAGAUGACGGAGGGAGAAGUUAUAAUGACAACCAGUGGCACCGACUGAUCGCUACCAGGAAGCAAGCUCUGGGAAGUAUCAUUGUGGAUGAUCAAUACCGCGGUUCAGCAUCAGCAACCAGUGGCAGUACCAUCAUCGGACAGAACACUGGGGUCUUUUUCGGAGGCCUUCCAGGGAAUUUUACUGUUCUUAGACAAGACACUGGUCUGGCUCGUCUGGCACGUACGGGUUUUGCAGGCUGCGUGAGGGAUGUGCUCAUUCAGAGGAGCGGCGGUCCUGAUGCCAUUUGGGAGCCGCUAGACUGGGACUCUGCACUAGAGGAACAUGAGACGUACGGAGACUGGGAGGGCUGUCCUGCCUAUUCUGAGCAUGGGGCGUACUUCCUUGGACAGGGGUUUCUUAAACUGGAUCCGGAGGUGUUUACUGGUGGAAAGGAAUUUGAAAUAUCAUUUGAGUUCAGAACUGAUCAGCUGAAUUCACUACUGCUAUUUGCAUACGAUCUUAAUGGCGAGGAUUAUAUUUUGGCUGAGCUGCAGGGCGGGAUCCUCUCAUGGGUGUUGCGUUGGGGAGACCAGAGGGCGGAGCUUGCUCUUUGGGUGGGCCUCUCAUAUUGUGACGGAGGCUGGAACAGUGUCGCUAUGCUGAAACGUGGAGCGCUAACGAGAGCCGCUAUGAAUCAUGCAUCGGAGCAGCACAGGAGCGAGAGAGGUGGAAACCUCAAUAUCACCUCUCCACUUUAUGUAGGAGGCGUCCCAGCUGGACUCCAGCACCCAGCGCUGCACCAGUACAGCCUGCUCCAUGGAUUUGGUGGCUGCAUCAGGGACGUUCGAUUGGCUGCAAGUGGUCCUGUCUUAAACUUGGCCGUGGCAUCGUGUGCCGCUGUCAGAGUCAAUCUGGAUGGAUGCCUGUCAGCUGACACCAGCGUUAACUGCCGGGGAAACGACUCAAUCCUGGUGUACACGGGCAAUGAGAUCAGUGCUCUGGAUUUGUCUCUGCAGCCCUUCACUGAGUACUUGUACAGAGUGAUAGCAUCUGGAGAGGGAGGGUGGACAGCUGGACCGUGGCAGCGAGGACGCAGUCGAGAGACAGCUCCACAAAGUGUGCUGCCUCCCUCCAGAGUUGCGAGUGUAAAUGGCUCCAGCGCGGAGGUGAGCUGGGAGGAGCCGCCCGAGGUCAGAGGUGUAAUUGAGCGCUACGUGGUGAAGGCGUACAGCCGGGACAGUCCCUUAUCCCCCCCAAUCAGCGCCACCUUUAACGCGCAAUGGCUGAUGGGAACGUUAAGUGGCCUGUCUCCUUUUAGCAGCUACAACAUUACACUGACGGCGUGCACUCGGGCCGGGUGUGGAGAAAGCCUGCGUGCCUCGAGCCUCACCACACCACAAGCGGCUCCUGAGGACGUUCUUCCUCCUCGUGCAGUUCCUCACUCGGACUCUCUCUCUGUGUACUGGGAAGCUCCUCGAAAACCCAAUGGCGUCCUGACACACUACACACUCUACAAGGAACACACACCCAUCUACCAAGGCAAUGACACAGCCUUCAACAUCACCGGUCUUGGUGUGUAUACUCCACACACACUCCUGCUGAGCGCAUGCACUGAAGCGGGCUGCACCAACAGCUCUGUGGUCACACUUUCCACCGCUCAGCUCCCACCUUCCCACAUGGAGCCACCUGUCCUCACUGUCCUGGAUGCUCACAGCAUAAACGUCCGAUGGUCGUCCCCGCCGGAGGUGAAUGGUCAGCUGCAGUUCUACACGCUGUAUCAGGACGUUCCUGGAGAGGAACCAGUGGUGGUGUACAACAGCUCCCAGCUCUUUGAGGAUCACACACUGCGGGACCUGGUCCCUGGCUGCACCUACUUUUUCCAAAUCGCUGCAUGCACAGCAGGUGGCUGCACCCUCAGUGCCCCCAGCAGGGCCAAAACGGAGGAGAGUUCCCCGGAAGGAGUUCCAGCUCCCAGCGUCACCUACAUAUCCCCACACGCACUGAACCUGACCUGGGGACCCCCGCUGAAGCCCAACGGUGUGAUCAGCAGCUACAGCGCGUGGAUGGACGGCGUACUGAUGCAGAACUCCUCAUUUACGAGCUUCGGGAUCGUCGGUCUUUCUCCCUGGAGUUCGCACAGCUUCCGUGUUCAGGCGUGCACGGCUCAGGGCUGCGCUCUCGGCCCUUCGAUCGAGGUGCGGACUUCAGAAAUGCCCCCGGUUGGCAGCGUGCCCCUGGAGAUCCUCCCCGAAAACCCAAACUCAGUCUGGGUAAAAUUUGAAGCACCAGCCAAACCCAAUGGCAACCUCAGUUACUCGGUGCUUUUCACCGGAACUUUCUUCCAGCCAUCAGGGGAGAACCCGAGUGAACCCGAGGAGCUGGUCACCGAGACGCGAUCGCUGCUCACUGCGGGGACGGCGGGACGCUGGGUGUCUGUGGGAGAUCUGCUUCCCUUCUCCAACUACAGUGUGAGAGUGAGAGCCUGUAACAGUCAGGGCUGUGUGGAGAGCGCCUCCAUCAGGAUCUCACUCCCUCCAGCAGCUCCAGAUGGCCUCUUGCCCCCGAGGCUGGCAGCUGCCACCUCCACCUCUUUGCAGGUGGCAUGGCUCAGUCCCUCGCGCCCCAAUGCACCUGGGACUCUGCGCUAUCAGCUCCAGAUGAAGAAUCCGGACACCCAACACAUCCUACAACUGGUGGAUAAUGAGACAGAAACAGUGUUCACUCACUCGGUACAGGAUUUGGAACCGUACACAGAGUACCAGUUCAGACUUCUGGUGUCAAACCAGUAUGGAGAAGCUCGCAGCUCCUGGGUGUCUUUGCGCACUGCCCAAGAUCGCCCUGAAUCCGUAGACCCACCAGUGCUGUAUGAGGUCCACCCCAGGACCGCUACCAUUUCAUGGUCUCCUCCCUCACGCCCGAAUGGCCACCUUACCCACUACAACAUCUACCAGGACAGACAACUCAUCAACACCGUGCCUGCUGACACCACCAGCCUCGCCCUCUCCAACCUGGCGCCCUAUCAGCAGUACUCCAUCCAGGUGGAGGCGUGCACUGAGAUGGGCUGCACCCUUUCGGCUAACUCACACACACUCCACACACCUGCGGCUCCUCCGGAGGGUGUUACCAGCCCUCGGCUUUAUUCAGACACGCCCACCUCUGUGCUGCUGACCUGGGUUCCUCCUGUGCUUCCAAAUGGGCCGCUGGAGAGCUACACGUUAGAGCGAAGACUUAAUGGCAGUCAGAAGAUCUUCACAGUGGCCUCUAUGAUGGCCAACCAGACUCUCACCUACCUGGACAGCUCAGCGUCUCUCAGUCCCUGGAGCACGUAUGAAUACCGGGUGAUCGCCACGACCAGGCAGGGAGGCUCCAACAGCAGUCAGUGGGAACAGAUCACAACACGACCUUCACGACCAGCAGGCGUACAACCACCCAAAGUGCUGGUGCUCGGCCCAGAAUCUGUCCAGGUUACAUGGACAAGCCCACUGAUACCCAAUGGAGAAAUCAUGCGUUAUGAGAUCAGGAUGCCAGAUCCACGCAUAUCCCACACUGACACCUCUUCGCUUAACCGCACAGUCACUGGCCUGGAGCCGUACACCGACUACAGCGUGACCAUCCUUGCUUGUUCAGGGGGCGGCGGCUUCGUUGGAGGCUGCACCGAGAGCCUGCCUACUCCGGUCACUACAUUACCCAUGAUUCCACAGGGGCUCCCGGCACUCUCCAUUGUCACCAUAAGCGAAUCUUACCUGGCCGUGUCAUGGCAGCCACCGUCACGACCAAACGGCCCUGACGUACGGUACAAGCUGCUGAGACGGAAAACCCAGCAGCCCCUGGCCUCCCGUCCCCCUGAAGAUUUCAAUCGCUGGUACCAUGUUUACGCAGGAGACAAAUUGUUCCACGAAGAUAAAGGCCUUAGCAGAUACACCUGGUAUGAGUACCAGCUGUUGGUGUACAACGAUGUGGGCUACGCCUCAGGAGAGGUGUACUCAGGAGUUACUCUGGCUGGUCCACCACUCCAUGCUCCUAACGUGUCUGCUCAGACCAUCAACCACACUGCUAUCCUGCUUAACUGGACCACACCCACUCUGCAGGACCUACAGGGAAAAGUGGAGCUCUAUCUUCUGACAGUCAAUUCCAUCCAGGAACGGCAAACACUGCAGCUUGACCCCUCGGUGACCUCGGUGCUGCUCUCUGACCUCCAGCCCAACACCGAGUACACACUCUCGCUGACUGUGUCUAAUGGAGCUCACAACAUCACUAGUCCAGAGGUCACGUGUAUUACUGCAGAUGGUGAGCCUGAAGGAGUCUUUCCCCCGGAGAUCGUGACCCUCAACAGUACAUCGGUCCGGGUUCUCUGGGCAGCUCCUCUGGUUCCUAACGGAGCCAUCACGCACUACUCUAUUUAUCUGGACGGUCACGUGUACAGCUCGACCGACAACACAUCUGGAUCCCUGGAGCUGGGAGGCCUCCAGCCUUUCACCGUAUACGAUGUUCAGGUGGAGGUCUGCACAGUGUUUGCAUGUGUGAGGAGCAACAGCACCAAGUUAACGACGGUGGAGGAGACGCCAGCGGAGAUCCCCGCGCCCGCCAUCAGAGUGCUCGGCUCCAGAUCCAUCAGACUGGAGUGGUCGUCACCUGGCCGGCCCAACGGCAUCCUGGGAGGAUAUAACAUUCGCCGCAAGACCCUUAAGCCCUGUGAAGAGCUCCAGGCCAAGCAGGCCGUGCCUCCCCAAACCCACUGCUCAUACGUGCAGUGCCCCGUAAACCAGGAGUUCUGUGGAAAUUCCUGUUACCAUCCCAGAGAGCAGGUGUGUUGUGAUCAGACCGUACACAGCCUAAAAGAAUCCCACCAGUGCUGUAAUGAGCGCUACCUACCGGCUGUAAAUGACUCUGUGACUGUUUGCUGCGGAGGGAAGUUACAGGAGCUUCUCCCACAAUACCAGUGCUGUGGAGAUUACUACGUCCACAUCCGCCCAGGUGAUGUGUGCUGUUCGCAUCCCGGGCGCUCGCGAGCGUCCGUCGGUUUCGGCGAUUCGUGUUGCGGUUCGACCCCCUUCUCCUCCGCGGCCGGUCAGAUCUGCUGCAACGGGCGGCUUCAUGACGGCUACAGAUCCCAGUGCUGUGGAGGAAAGCUGGUCUCUAAAGAAGCGGUAUGCUGUGGAGACGCCCUCAGAGGAACAGCACACGCCCCUGUUCCAGGAAUGGCGUGUUGUGGCGAGCACUACAUAAACACAUCCACCACGUUAUGUUGCGCCGGCCCAGAUCAGGGUCCGAGAGCCCACGUGCUGGAGAACAGGACGGCGUCUCUGAAGUGCUGCUGGACCGAGCUGAUCGAGCAGGACAGGGAGUGCUGUAACGGUGUCGGGUUCGACCCGAAGGUGGCCGUGUGUGCAGACCGGGCCCCUCAUGGCCUCGUCAUCAUGGAAAAGUGUCUUCCCAGCUCUCUUUGUCCCGCGUCCGCUGCCUCAAGCGCCUACUGCGGUGUGUGUGAUUUCAACCCAAAUUUCUUCACCUGUACCUGGAUGCCGGGCGAGACAGACGUACCCACAAACAACACAACAUCAUCUUUUAAUUCACGUGAAUCAGCACACACACACCUCUGCCCGGCAGCUGAUGAGCUCAUUUACAGCGGACUGGCGAACAGAUACUAUUUUACAGACACAAACCUGGAGCCCUACACCACCUACGAGUACAGAGUGUCUGCAUGGAACAGGCGUGGCCAUGGGUUAAGCCUGCCAUCACGGGUCACUACGAAAGAGGACGUACCUCAGGGUGUGCUGCCCCCCCACUGGAGCCGAGUGGGCCUCCGGGAUGACAUCAUCCAACUUAACUGGUCUUCGCCGAUUAAGUCUAACGGUGAGAUCAGCCAUUAUGUGGUUCUGCGUGAUGGACGGGAGCGUUACCGUGGAACCGAAAGCAGCUUCACUGACGCCGGAGGCAUUCGGCCCUUUCAUGAGUACACGUACCAGCUGAGAGUCUGCACUACAGCCGGCUGCGCAGACUCCACCAAAGUGGUGGCAGUGACUGUCCAGGGGGUACCAGAAGGGGUUGCUCCUCCAGUGGUCAGCGCUCUAGGGCCCAAAGCUCUUCAGAUCAGCUGGAAGGCCCCGUCUAAACCUAACGGCAUCGUGCGAGAGUAUCGGAUUAACCAAACCGGAGUUGGACUCAUCCACACACACACGCACGGAGAGAUGGAGCACAGCGUCCAAGAGCUGCAGCCUUACACCAACUACAGCUUCGUGCUGACGGCGUGCACGGUGGCCGGCUGCGGAGCAAGUCAGCCAUCUAUGGGCCGCACGCUGCAAGAUGCACCAGAAGGCGUCUGGCUCGCACCGAGGCACGUCACGGUGAACAACACGGCCGUGGAGCUCUACUGGAGUCGGCCGUCGCGACCCAACGGCCGUCUCACCCGCUACCAGCUCCUGCGUGACGGAGAGGGCGUGUACACCGGCGGCCCACAGGAGAGCAAACACACAGACACCCAGCUGCAGCCCAACACCAGAUACGUGUAUGAGCUGGAGGCCAGUACGGAUGCUGGGAGCAGCGUGAGCAACCAGUACAUCAUCCAGACCCCCGCGUCCUCCCCGGAGAGAAUCCCUGCCCCGUAUAACGUCAGCGUCUUGGGGCCGCGCUCUGUCUUUGUCGCGUGGUCACUCCCAGGUGUGUAUAACGCCAGUCUCCCCCUGGACUACAGCGUCUUGCUGAAUGCCGGUACAGAGCGCCCCCUGUCGCGGUCAGCUGGUCCUCAGCGGUUCCUGCUGCUUGAUGGACUCGACCCAUACACCACCUACGAUAUCAGAGUUCAAGUCUGCCAAGCUGAUGGUUGUGGUGUAGGAGAAGGCACCUCUGUCCGGACAUCUGAAGCAGAACCAAAGGCUCUGGACCCUCCUGAGCUCAGUGCAGCAGGAGCAGCGGUUAUUGAAGUGCACUGGAGUCCUCCACGCAAACCCAAUGGUUUAAUCACUGCAUACUUCCUUUACAGACGACUGAGAGGAACCCUGGAGGAACUCCUGGUCUUUAUCUGGUCUGAAGGUCCCCUGGAGUUUAUCGAUGCCUCAGAUUUCCUCAAGCCAUUCACUGAGUACGAGUACAGAGUCACGGCACACAACUCUCAGGGCUCCGUCUCCAGCUCCUGGAGCUCCGUGCUCACACUCGAGGCGGAGCCGGACGGUACAGAUGUGCCCACGGCACGCCCGACUGGUGCGUACUCCAUCUUCCUGAACUGGACGCAGCCCAGUAAUCCCAAUGGUCUGAUCUCUGACUACAAAGUGGCGUACAAGCAAGAACCCGGAGAUCCAACACUCGACACCAGCAGCAUCACAGCGCUCACAGUGCAGGGGGAUGUGCACCAGGCCCAUGUAUUUGGUUUAGAACCGUACACCACCUACAGUGUGUGUGUGGAGGCGGUGAACAGAGCAGGUAGUGCCUGCAGCCCUUGGGCUACAGUUCGGACUUUACAGGCUUCUCCCAGUGGUCUGACCAACUUCACCGUGGAGAAGAGAGAACACGGACGUGCACUGCUGCUGCACUGGCCAGAACCUGCCUCGCCCAAUGGCGUCAUUAAGACUUAUAACAUCUACAGUGAUGAUAACCUGGAGUUCAGUGGUCUUUCACGCCAGUUCCUGUUCCGCCGCUUGGAACCCUACACCACAUAUUCGUUGGUUCUUGAGGCUUGCACAGAGGCAGGCUGCACCAGGACUGUCCCACAGCAUAUCACCACUGACGAGGCCCCUCCCUCCUCACAGCUGCCCCCUAGUGUCCAGGACAUUGGCGCUGACACCGUGGAGCUCCACUGGGUGCCACCCGGAAAAGCUAAUGGGAGAAUCCUAUAUUAUCAAGUAUUGUCAGUGAAGAGUGAUGAGGACGACGUUGACACAGGACAAGCCAAGGUUGUCUGUACAGAACGAGACGUCCAGGCACUUAGCUUCUCCUGCAAUGUCUCUGGCCUGAAGCCCUGGAGCAGGUAUAAAUUUCAGGUGCGGGUUACGAACACAGCAGGGUCAACCGAUAGCCCGGGGGUGACUGUUCAAACGAAGCAAGCUCCCCCGAAUGGGCUGCCGCCACCAACUGUAAGUCAUCUAGAGGGCCGCCCUAAUGAGCUCUUUGUAAAUUGGACACCGCCAUUGGAGGCCAAUGGUGUCCUUUUGGGUUACAGGAUUCAGAGAGAUGACAUUGGCUUCCAUUUCAGCUUUGACUCGUCUGUGUUAAACUACACUGACGAGGAUUUGACCGCGUACACUGACUACAGCUACGCUGUAACCGCGUGCACAGUAUCUGGCUGCGUUACCAGCAAACCGACUACGGUUCGAACGUUAGAGGCGGCACCGGCAAUAGUCGAGCCACCCGUUGUGUCCGGUAUUACAUCCCGCUCCCUGAAUGCAUCAUGGACUGUACCAUCCAUUCAGAAUGGGGAGAUUGUGGAGUACAUCCUCCAGGUCAACAGCGAGGUGGUUUACCGCGGGAAAAAGCUAAGUGUCCAGGUGUCUAAUCUACAGCCGCACGCUCCAUAUACGCUUACUUUAACAGCCUGCACUAAUGGAGGCUGCACAGCCAGUCUGCCCACGUCUACUCUAACCAAAGAGGCCCCGCCUGCUAGCAUGCCAGCCCCAGUUUUGAAAGUCACAGGCCCCGAGUCAGUGGAGGUGUCAUGGAAAGAGCCCGAUCAUCCAAACGGGGUUAUCACAGGUUACGAACUCCGGCGUGACGGCCACCUCAUAUACACCGGCAUGGAUACACGCUACCAUGACUUUAUGUUGCUGCCCAGCAUUGAGUACAGCUACACGGUCACGGCUAAUAACAGCCAGGGUACGACCACCAGCCCCACAGAAGUGGCUCGCACACAGCCUUCGGUUCCAUCCGGAGUCGCUCCUCCGCAGCUGCAGACCCUUGCGCCUCUUAGCGUGCUGGUGCAGUGGGAGCCCCCGGCACGAACAAACGGGGUGAUCAUCAGCUACUCGCUUUACACACGUGACCCAGCCGAGCCCAACGUGAAGAGGGUGGUCUUCGCACCGCAUCACAGCGCCUUCCAGAGCCGCAGUUUCUCUCUCACUGCUCUAAAGCCCUACCACAGGUAUGAGGUGCGAGUGGAGGCUUGCACUUUGCUCGGAUGUGCUGCAAGCGACUGGUCCUCGAUUCAGACUCAGGAGGCGCCCCCUGCUGGACAGAGCGCACCCCUGCUGGAGCUGCAGACAGACUCGGAGGGAUUGCAGAACAUUUUCCUGCUCUCGUGGUCUCCUCCGGCCCAAGCAAAUGGAAAACUCCUGCACUAUGAGCUUUAUAGGAGACUCGGUGAAGAAACAGGAAGCCAGCCUACACUUGUCUAUCGCAACAUCUCGACUGUCUAUCAUGACCACAAGCUGCUGCCCUACACGGCCUACGAGUACCAGGUGUGGGCCGUGAACUCUGCAGGACGCACAGGAAGCCCCUGGACUAUGGGUCGGACUGGUCCAGCUCCUCCCGAGGGUGUGAGCCCUCCCACAUUCCUACACAUCCAUGCCACCUCUGCCGUGGUGGAUAUCAGCCCUCCUGCCAAGCCCAAUGGCAUCGUCACCAUCUACAGGGUGUUUGAUCAGAAACAAGACUCACACCUGCUGUUGUCAGAGGGGACGUCACGGCAGCAGACACUGCAUGACCUCAUGCCUUUCACCACAUACUCUAUCAGGGUGGAGGCUUGUACCUGCUUCAUGUGUUGCACCCGUGGCCCAGUGAGCGAGCUCCGUACUCAGGCCUCGGUUCCAUCCCAGCAGCCUCCGCCUCGACUCGUAACUCUAACGUCCCGAUCGGCUCUACUCGAGUGGGAUGAACCCCUGCAGCCCAACGGCAUCAUCGAGAGCUGUGAGCUGCUGAUGCGGACGGCUUGUCCCCAACCACUGCAACCAGUGCCAGUGCCCUGUUCCGUAGGACCGGUGGAGACCAGGUUCUUCGGGAAGGGGCUGAGUCUCAAUGUCACCGCACUCCUCCCCUACACCACCUACGAGGUCCGUGUAGUCUCAUAUAACAACAUGGGGAGUGCAGCAUCUGUCUGGGUCUCCAUCACUACACUAAAAGAAGCCCCACAGUAUAAGGAGCCGUUUGUGGUGCAGAGUAACCUGACCCUGGUGUUCGUGGACUGGAGCGGAUCUUUCUUUCUGAACGGACCUCUGAGUGAUUACGCCCUGACCGAAAGUGGCCUUCGCCUUUACAGUGGCUUCCACAGCUUCGUCUACGUUCCCCGGACCUCAGAUAAAACGUUUGUCUUUCAAGUAACGUGUACGACAGACAGUGGCAGUGCCAGUUCCCCCGUAAUCAAGUACAACACCGCUACCGGUCUAGAUGCCACCGAGCCGACCUCGGGUGGUAAGACUGGCCAGUAUGCAUCGGGAUACAGGUUCUACACGGAGCUGUGGUUCAUCAUCCUCAUGGCCUUUGUGGGUUUGCUGCUGGUGGCUGUGUUGUUGGGUCUGGUGCUGCGCCGAGCCCUCAGAAAGCCAUGCUUCAUCAGAGAGAGGGCGCCGCUUCAACCGCUGCAAAGGAGAAGCCCCAAAUACCCACCUGGGGACUCGUACCUGGGGCCGUGCUCUGAGCUCUGCCCUAACCAUGCCUCUACUGCUCUCCUUCAGUCUGAUGGAGGGAUGUUUGACAAUGUCCCGGACUCGUCCAGCAGUGUAAUGUUAAAGGGCUUUACCAUGCACACUGAGGCUCUGACCGAUACGAAGCUCGGCGUCAGCAAUCGGGGCUACCAGAGCACCUUAUCCAUGCUGCGUGUUCCCAGUCAGAGUCAGCUCAGCCACGCCUACUCCCAGAAUUCCCUGCACCGCAGCGUUAGUCAACUGAUUGACACACAGGAUAAGAAAUCUCUGGCAGGUCUGACGUGGGACACGGAGCAGCAGGGCACUGAGAGUGGCAUGUUUGUUGGAGAUGAGGAGUUUGCAGACCCGGUGAAGGGCUUCAGCUCAGUGAAGAAAGAGCACGCAGUGUUUACAGACACACACCUGUAGAGCUUUCUUUCUCUCGUCCUGUCAUUCCUACAUGUUUAUACAGUACAGAUUACACACACACACACAC